AUGGCUGAGAAUCAAAAUCCUAAUGUUAAGGUCCCUUUUCCACCAUUAAUCACCAUCGAGGAAUUAGUUAGGAAGCAUAUAGAAAAAGGCACUGUUAAUGUUAAUAGAGCAUCAAAUGCCUUUUUCAUUUAUCGAAUUGCGUACAAUCGCGAAGCUAAAAAGCUUGGUUUUAAGCGUAAAGACAUUUCUAAGCUUGCCAGUGACGCUUGGAGGGAUGAACCAAAAUAUGUUAAGGAAUAUUACAAGAGAAUGGAGAUCGAUAUUAAAUCAAGACUUAGAAUAGAGUUUCCGAUUUCUUUUGUUAAUGUCAAAAGAAAAAACCCCGCUAAAAAAAAACGUGGAAUUAUCAAUAUUACUACAGUAGGGUUUGAUCAGACUUCUUUUGCCAUGUCUGAUCCUUCUCUUAAGACUAUGGAUCCGGAAUUUAAAACAAACGUGGAAAACCCCGAUUCAUUUAUGGUUUCUCUCCCCAAGGAUCUAGCGUUAACUUAUGAAGCAAUCAUGCAAUCUUUGCCCUUUUGA